AUGCCAAGGCGUCUGACAAUAAGAUCGUGCUCAUUUUUGGGGCUUUAUUUGUUGGUGCUUCUGUUGAUGCCGUUGUAUACCGUCCAACGGACAGCACGUAAGUUUUGUGGGUAUAGAAAAGGUGGCAGAGUUGCCUCAUAAGGGCCUUACAUCAAAAAAGAAGAUACUUGGUCUAAAAAGAGAUCAAUGAGACUCCCAAUUGAUAUCAAAAGGUAUCACAGAGACAUAAAUGGAAAUGUCACUGUGAUACCUUUUGAUAUUCAAUUCGGAGUCUCGUUGAUCUCUCCAUCGAUACCUCUUGUCUCCUCAGUUUCAAUUUUUGGCCUUAUCAACGCAAAAUCAAUGAGAUUCCAAUUUGAUAUCAAAAGGUAUCACAGAGACAUAAAUGGCAAUGUCAUUGUGAUACCUUUUGAUAUCAAAUUGGAGUCUCCUUGACCUCUUUAUGGAUGUUUAGUCGUAUUGCAUUUUCUGUUCAAUAUUUUUCAUCACAAACCCUUUCCCUUGUCUCCUCAUUUUCAAUUUUUAAAAUAAAUCACUAAACUCUCACCAACGAAAGAUCAAUGAGACUCCAAUUUGAUAUCAAAAGGUAUCGGGAGCCGCGCUCCGCCGCGCCCCCUCUACAUUAAGGGCUUCUGACCGUUUCCUCUUAACUUCAAUUUUUUUCACUUUUUUUUCCAUACAUUCUUUUUUUUACUCUUUGUGAUACCCAAAUGACUUUUUUUUAGUGGCUGUCAUUAUCGACCGGUCGGUACUGAAAAAUCGAGUUUUCUCCUUUCUUUUUGGAGCUAUGCUGCCGAUUUUUUUUUCAGAAUUCGUGGAAUGGAAUUCUACACCUGAAUAUGGUACUCGUUUUUUCACCAUAGUUGGAGUGUCAUUUUGAAAAUUGCAAAAAACCGACUUUUUAAAAAGUACCCCUUUUUUGAGCCACCUUUGCGGCUUUUUAAAGAUAGUUAGCCAGGUCCCGUUCCGAUAGAUCUCUUGCAAAACACUUCAAAUAGAUUUUCAGAAAUUUCUACAUAACGCGGUCGCGUCCCCAUCGCGGGCGGCUCUCGGGACUGGAAGGUUCCAAAAAGUCAAAAACGAUUCGACAUGAAAACGGCCAGCUAUCCACACGUUUCCUUCAUGCACUGUGGGUCAUUUUUCACGCUGACUCCAAAUCUGACAUGCUUUUUGAACAAAAAUUUGCAUAUCGGUUAUAUCCGGAUUUCAAAUCCAAAAUCCGAUUUUCGUAUCUCGGGAACUAGGACCUUAAUCAAAAAUCGCUGCCAUGGAAAGUUGCGGAGCGUUUUUUGGAAGCGCCUGAAGUGGUUUUCGGACGGCGGGUUACAGUCCCCGGUUCUAAACAAUUCGCGAAGUGAUUUUGUGACAUACUCAAAAACAUCUCGCGAGCGAAGCGAGCGCCGAGUUCCAUUCUUUCUUUAUCGGACGUGUUUUCUAUUCCUUUCAAACUUUCUAAUUGGAUUCUUUCAUGUAAAUUCAAAACUACGGUUACUAUAACAUUUUCAAUUUUUUCAACCCUUAGGCUACAGGUGUAGAUGAAGGAAAUUCCAAAUUCUGAUGCCAGAUUCUGAAUCUACGUGAAAAAUCACCAUCAGAAGUGGUAUCAUAGUCCUCCUAUCUCGCCGAUUUUUUUCGGCUUACUGUGGGUUACGGUAGCUUCUGCGCCGUAAGGCGCUUUUUCGCCAUUUUCUCAGCGUUGACGCGAUCGCGCCGGACAAAAUUCACAGCACUGGUAGUACUCGUCAUUACACGUCUUUCAAGGUGUAUUUCACGGUUCCAGGUCUGUCGCUACACGAGGGAUUACUGUAACAAGGUGUCUGGCUUAAAGUUACAGUAUCUCGGUCAAUUUUGAUCGUAUCCACCCGCCUCAAAAAUCAUUCUACUGUGUUUAAAUAGCUCUUCAAAACAUUAGUCGACGCGUUUCCGCCAUUUCUUGAAACCGGGUUACUGUAACAUCGUAAACAUAAAAAGUACCGUAACUUUUGAACGAGUAGAGAUACGAAGACGGGACCUGGCUCAAUCGUUCGGAAAUUGAAAACUCGAUCAGGAUAAGUGUAAAAAUCUGCAUAUUUUUCUAAAAUACGGUCUGGCCGAAUUUAAUUCUGGCCAAAUUUUCCAUUAAUUAUUUCACCCCGAAAAAGUCAAAACUUUUGGGUAAAAAACCCAAAAUAUGACGGCCCUCUAAUUGUACUACAACGUGGUAGAAUUUUUUUUCCGGGGAUUGAACCUCCGGGGACUUCAGAUUGCCAGACUUCCGCGCUACCCACUGCGCCAUGGGUGGCUCUCUCGGAAUCAAAAAGGGACCGAGCGCGGGGGCUCCGCACUGUGCAAAAACACUUUCGAAAGGGUGCACUGUGCGGAUUUUUGCUUUGUCGCGCAGCGACAAAGCCAAAAUUCGCGCAGCGACAAAGCCAAAAUUGGGAUUCGCACUGUGCAAAUUGAGAAAAAGCCUAGCUCAUUGGGUAAAAUGCAGAGUGCACGGUGCGUCUGGGGGGAAAGUGGGAAAAUCAAAAGGGGGCCUGGGAAAAACGUUUGGAGGGUGUUUUUCGCACUGUGCAAAAUGAAAAAAAGCCUACGAACGUAGGCUUUUUUGUUGAUUGCACCGUGCAAAUUUUUCCAAAUUUCAGGUUUCGAAGGGGAGUGUCUGCAAAAUCUUUUGCGACACUCCGCCAACAAAUUUCGCACGGUGCAAAUUGGGAAAGGCUUCGUUUGGCAAGAUUGCACUGUGCAAACCGUGUCGCAACGUGGAAAAAGGGGCGUGGCAAAAGUUGAUUUUCCAUUUUCGUGAGAGAGCAAAAAUUUCUUUAGCUUUCUCGUCGAUUUCGGGUCCCAGUAUUUUUCCGAGGGCGAUAUCGGUUGGGUUCGCGCGGGUUCGAAAUUUUUUUAUUUUCUCCGGGUUUUCGCGAGUGCACUGUGCGGUGAAAAGAUGCACUGUGAGUUGAUAAGGUGCACUGCGCGGUGCUUAGCGCAUAGGCUUAGUUUGCUUAGCCGCUUAGGCUGCGUAGGCUUAGCUCAGGCUUAGUUUGCUUAGGCUGCUUAGCCGCUUAGGCUUAGUUUGCUUAGCCGCUUAGGCUGCUUAGGCUUAGGCUAAUUAGGUGGCGCUUUGCGCGCACACCCGCGUUGGGAAUGUAGGCUGACGAGUCGCGUAGCGACGUAGUCAGGCUACAUCCCAACGCAGCUUGUCACAGAAACAUUAACGUAAUCUCUCUAUGAUACCUUUCGAUAUCAGAUUGGAAUCUCCUUGAUCUCUUUAUGGAUGUUUAGUUGUUUCAAUUUUUGAAAUAAAUCACUAAACUCUUACCAACGCGAGAUCAAGGAGACUCCAAUUUGAUAUCGAAAGGUAUCACAGAGACAUUAAUGUAAAUCUCUCUAUGAUACCUUUCGAUAUCAAAUUGGAGUCUCCUUGAUCUCUUCAUCGACCUUUUGUCGUAUUAUGCUUUCUGUUCAUUCAUUAUCAUCGCAACCCUUUGACUUGUCCCCGCAAUUUCGACCAUUGAGAAUCAGAAAUCACUAAACUCUUACUAACGCUUCCGCUAAUUCAAAUCCAACUUAUGACCAUCUCUCCCCCCACUACAGUAGACCAAACUUCACGGUCGAUUAGAGCGCGGGGACUUCUCUUCACAUCAACACAUAGAUAACAUAAUUAGCGACUUGUCAAUUAAACUAAAUAUUUCAGUGGCGCCAGGAAUUUUUUCUAUGAAUCCAAGAAAUUCGGAAAACGCAAAAUAAGUACCGUAAUUCUCCAGACAUAUAUUUUUUGUACUGUACUCUGCCUUUCGUGCGUUAAUCGAUGAUUGAUGGAAGGGGGGAGAAAAGUGUGUCGGCUCACCGGAAAUUAAGCUGAGCGUGCGAACACUUUUUUUGGUGAUCUCAUUUCCUUUGCAGGUGAGAAAUGAACCAAAAGCGAGAGAAAAUUAGAGAAAGCGCUUCCGAUUUGCUAAUUUUUCAACAGUUUCUGCGGAAGAGAAAAAUCUGAGAAAGUUUUUUCGGUGAGACCAAACAACAUUUUACACUAUAACAUACUGGAAAACAAGGUUUUCACCGAAGAAAACACUCAUUUUUCGUUAAACAAUAUUUUUCAAAAAAUCUCAUAUCUCAAUACCUUUUGCAAAAUGCACCAUAAAACUUCUCCAGGUAUGUUACCACACUCUACCCAUCAUUUUCCACAACUUUUAUCAAAAUCCGUAUAUUAUACUUGACAUCAAAAAUUUUCAAAUUCUUUGCAAUUUCAAAAAAAAAUCUUCCAAAACCUAUCCAAAACUCUCCUAGUAGUCUUAAAAUACAACAUUCAUUUAUUGUACACUUUUAUCUUCCCUUCUUUCCUUACAAUCUACAUCUUUUUUCCCAACAACAUCAAUAUUACUGCUCUUUCCGUUCCGGUAAUUGAUCCGGGGGGAAAGAAAUUAAAGCUCCAUUUCCGGAGAACUUUUUACAGUCAGGUCUUUACAGUCGGAAAAGGUUGAACUAUUCCAAUUAUUUUUGUUUUUUCGUUGGUCUGCCGGAAACCGUGGUGUGGGAAGCAUGAACUUCAUUUGUUUACUAGUAAAAUAUUUGCAGAAAUCAGAAAGGCAUAGCAAACCAAGUUCCUUACAGUACAAAGGCAACUAAAAUUCUUGAAAGUUUCAAAAUUUUUAACAAAAACCUUAAAAAAUAGUGCAAAAUUUCAAAAAAACUGCCAAAAAAUUUCAAAAAUUGAAUUCAAUUUCAGACGACAACUGCAAAUCGGAUAAAUUACGGGAGAUUAUACUAGAAACUGUUGGCCUUUACCCUCAUCAGUACAGUUAUCAAGCCAAGUAAGCUGAUUUUCCUUAUUUUAGACCAUCUGAUCAAGUGUAAUAUAACUCGAUUCCCAUUGAACUAAUUUUUCUAAUCCUUCACAAUUUAGGCAUAUGAAGCAAGUCGCCGAGAAAAGGUUUGGGAAUUGGUGGAGUGCGGUGAUAAUCAGCGAGCGUGGGGGCUACGGAAUGUCGGCCAUUUACGACCAAUUCCAAAACACAAGGUGAGAAAAAAAUCGCUAUUUACUCCAAACUGUAAUUACAAUUUCACAAUUCAUAUUUUCAGCUGUGAGCUCAUGCUAUUUGACACCUUUUAUUGGCUUGGACGAACUUGCUAA